AUGAAUGAGGGCUUUGAAGAGGAUAAACACAUGAAGAGGCCAGUAGUUUUGCUUUUGCUCCUUGUACUGAGCAUUAACGCUGAGUACGAAGGGGUUUGCGAAUCUAACUGGUCAUUGAGCCCGAGGCCUCACAGCGUUUCGGUCACGGAAUUCGGGGCCGUUGGGGACGGGAAAACGUUAAACACGGUUGCUUUCCAAAAUGCGAUUUUUUACCUUAAGUCGUUUGCCGAUAAGGGUGGGGCCCAGCUCUAUGUGCCAGCUGGCAGGUGGCUCACGGGUUGCAUUACUCUCACGAGCCACCUCACGCUUUUCCUGGAGAAAGACGCGACUAUUCUUGGUUCUCAGGAUUAUAAUCACUGGGAUUUAGUUGAUCCAUUACCUUCAUAUGGCCGAGGCCUUGAAGUACCUGGUCGAAGAUAUCGUAGCUUGAUCAGCGGACAAGAUUUGACUGAUGUUGUUAUCACAGGAAAUAAUGGAACUAUCGAUGGACAAGGUUCGAUUUGGUGGGAACAACUAAGUAAUCACACUUUAAAUUACAGCCGACCACAUUUAGUAGAACUCGUUGGGUCGAACAAUAUUGUUGUAUUGAACUUAACCUUCAUAAAUGCACCUGCUUGGAACAUUCAUCCCGUUUAUUGCAGUAAAUUGUUAGUUCAAAAUAUUACGGUUUAUUCUCCGCCCGACUCUCCAUACACUAGUGGCGUAGUUCCAGAUUCGUCCGAGCGUGUUUGCAUCGAGAAUAGCAACAUAUCCACGGGCCACGACUCGGUUUCUCUAAAAAGCGGUUGGGACGAAUACGGUAUUUCGUACGGAAAACCGACAUCCAAAGUCCACCUCCGAAAACUCAACCUCCGGUCGUUCUCAGGCUCGGGUGUCUCCAUCGGGAGCGAAAUGUCGGGCGGCGUCACGGAAAUCCUCGUCGAGAACCUCCGCGUGAUCGACUCCGAUUGCGGAGUCGAGCUCAAGACGGCCAAAGGGCGCGGAGGCUACAUUAGGGGCAUUUUCGUCUUUCACGUUUUCUUGGAAAACGUGCGGCAAGGGAUCAAGGCGACCGGGGAAAGCGGGUCCCACCCGGACGACAAGUUUGACCCUAGCGAGCUUCCCGUCGUGAGUGAAAUUACGUUUAAGGACGUGGUCGGAGUGAAUGUGUCUUCGGCUGGAGGGGUAUUCUUGGGAUUAGAGGAAAUGCCGUUCACGUCGAUUUGCCUUUCGAACGUCUCAUUUUUUUCGGUUUUGCCGCCCGACCCGUCUAAGUCUUGGGUGUGCUCGAAUGUCGUGGGCUCGUCUUUCAACGUGUUUCCCGAGCCGUGUCCCGAGUUGGAAGGCUCGUCGACCGAGUGCUUUGUGCCGUCUCGUGAAACUAGCCGGGUCGCGAUUUUAUGA